AUGUCGACGGCGAGGGCACCAAGUGGCGAUGACACGGAGAGGGAAGGAGGAAGCGGAAUUGAUACGUCUCCGUUGCUCGGGGAGCAGAUCUUCCGUAACCGGCCUUAUCUGCGUCGGCCACCGAGCCUACGUGGCGCGGCUCGGUUCUUACGCCGGGCGAGCAGCCGGCGGAUGAUGAGGGAGCCGUCCAUGAGGGUUCGUGAAGCUGCUGCAGAGCAAAUCGAGGAGCGUCAGAGCGAUUGGGCUUACUCUAAGCCUAUCGUUGUCCUUGACCUUAUUUGGAACGUGGCUUUCGUGGUUGUGUCGAUUUCGGUGCUGAUUUUGAGCCGGAAAGAGAAGCCGUCUAUGCCUUUGAGGCUCUGGGUGGUUGGAUAUGCUCUCCAGUGUCUGCUGCACAUGGUUUGUGUUUGUAUGGAGUAUAAGAAGAGGUGCCAGCAGCGACAUUUGGCUGGGGAUUCGAGGUGGAGAGCCAGCGGAAGCCCCGGAGGACGAUGGAAUAGUGACAAUUCCAGCUCAGGUAGUGAUGAUGGGGAGAUGCCGGAUUAUGGUUCUGAUAGGAGGCAGGGAGAGGAUGAAACCAGUGUUGCCAAGCAUCUGGAAUCUGCUAAUACCAUGUUCUCUUUUAUUUGGUGGAUAAUUGGAUUCUACUGGGUAUCUGCUGGAGGCCCAAGCCUGAUUAAUGAUUCGCCUCAACUUUACUGGCUUUGCAUUACAUUUUUGGCUUUUGAUGUUUUCUUUGUUGUUAUUUGUGUUGCUGUGGCAUGUGUAAUCGGGAUUGCAGUUUGCUGCUGCCUACCAUGCAUCAUCGCCAUUUUAUAUGCGGUGGCUGAUCAGGAAGGUGCAACCAAGGAAGACAUUGAAAGGCUGCCAAAAUAUAAGUUCCGAAGAUUCGGGGAUUCUGAGAAACAAAAUGGCGAGAUUCAAGAAUCAUUUGGAGGGAUCAUGACUGAAUGUGAUACUGAUUCCCCUGUUGAGCAUGUUCUUCCACUGGAGGAUGCUGAAUGUUGCAUUUGCCUUUGUACAUACGAUGAUGGAGCUGAACUUCGUGAGCUCCCAUGUCGUCAUCAUUUCCAUAGUGCAUGCAUAGACAAAUGGCUUUACAUCAACGCGACCUGUCCGCUAUGCAAACUUAACAUACUGAAGGUUGGCAACCUAAGUGGCAGUGAAGAAGUAUAA